AUGCAGCGUUCCCGGGCGGCCGCGGACGAAGCGGCUCUGCUCCUGGCCGGGCUGGCCCUGCGGGAGCUGCAGCCAGGCGGCGACUCUCCGGGCCGGGGUCGGCAGGGGCCGCGGCCCGGAGAUGAGGCGGCACCGGCGCUGGGCCGCCGAGGGAAGGGCGGCGCCGGCGGCCCCGAGGCCGGGCUGGAUGGACUGAGCCGGGGGGAACGCGGCCCGCGGCGCGCGGCGGCCCCCGAGCUGAGCGCGCAGCCGGCCAGCAGCCCGCGGGCCAGCCUGGCGGGUUCCGACGGCGGCGGCGGCGGCGGCAGCGCCCGCUCCAGCGGCAUCAGCCUGGGAUACGACCAGCGCCACGGCAGUCCACGCUCUGGUAGCUCGGACCCGCGCCCCGGCCCCGGGCCGCCGUCGGUGGGCAGCGCCCGCUCCAGCGUGUCCAGUCUCGGCUCCCGCGGCUCAGCCGGCGCUUACGCUGACCUGCUCCUGCCCGGCGUCGGCCCGGCGCCGACUCGCUCCCCCGAGCCUGGCGGGACGGCCGCCUUCCCUCUGCCUUCGCUCCCGCUGCCGUUGGUCCGAGAGGGCGGCCCGAGCGCGGCGGAGCGGCGGCUGGAGGCGUUGACGCGAGAGUUGGAGCGGGCGCUGGAAGCGCGAACGGCGCGGGACUACUUCGGCAUUUGCAUCAAGUGUGGUCUUGGCAUCUAUGGAGCAAGGCAAGCGUGCCAGGCAAUGGGGAGCCUGUAUCACACCGAUUGCUUCACGUGUGACUCCUGUGGGAGACGGCUUCGUGGGAAGGCGUUCUACAAUGUGGGCGAGAAAGUGUACUGCCAGGAGGACUUCCUGUACUCCGGGUUCCAGCAAACGGCUGACAAGUGUAGCGUGUGUGGACACCUCAUCAUGGAGAUGAUCCUCCAGGCCCUUGGGAAGUCCUAUCACCCAGGCUGCUUCCGGUGCUCCGUGUGCAAUGAGUGCCUGGACGGGGUGCCCUUCACUGUGGACGUGGAGAACAACAUCUACUGUGUCAGAGACUAUCACACGGUUUUUGCACCAAAAUGUGCCUCUUGUGCUCGUCCUAUCCUCCCUGCACAGGGCUGUGAGACAACCAUCCGUGUGGUGUCCAUGGACAGAGACUACCACGUGGAGUGUUACCACUGUGAGGACUGUGGACUUCAGCUGAGCGGGGAGGAUGGACGCCGCUGCUACCCGCUGGAGGGCCACCUGCUGUGCCGCCGCUGCCACCUGCGGCGCCUCCGGCCAGCGCCACUUCCCUCACCUGCUGUGCACGUCACCGAGCUCUGAGCAGGGGCAGGAGCCCGACCCUGGGGCAGUGUGUGCGUGUGUGUGAGUGCGUGUGAGGGCAGGCGGGAUGGGCGACCCAGGUCAGGGUCGGAGCUUUGUGUCAGGGUGGCCCAGCCGCCCUGCCUCUGCCGCCCACCUCCCCAAUUGCCACGAAGCUGCUGUCCGAGGGGCCGGCCCCACGGCAAAGCUACUAUUUAUUCACCGUUCGUGCCGCCCCCAGCCGCUUCCUUCCUUAUGGCUCUGCUGCUCCCCACCCCCACUUUCUGGUCUGAGAUGCCCCCUCCCCACCCUCUCGCAGAGCACCCCAUGUGACCCUUAGGGACAGGCUCCCAGACUGCCAUGGGGUGGGUGUGGAGGAACAGGGUGUGGGGUGGAGCCAGUUUUCUGCCCCUGAGGGGCCAAGGACCCCUCCCAGAGUGCUCCAGGCAGGGUGCAGACUGGCAGGCGGUUGGAGUAAGGGUGUGCAUGCUUGCGUGUCCCAAGCGUCUUGCCCACCAGUGUGUGCCUUGUUUGGUUGGGGUCACAGGAGGGUAUGGGGCUUGCAAAGGAGGCUUGCCUUUGGCUAAUUGUGGUCACUGGGAUUUGGCCCCUGGGAUUCCAGUGGGUGUUUUCAGCCACAAUCCCAUCCUUCUUCCCCCAUCCCUAGCUCCUGGCUUGGGGAUUUCUCCCACCCCCACCCCCUAUCCUUCAGCCUCGGGAAAAGAACCUUCUCUCGCGGAAUUCCAGCCACAAGUCUCGGACAAGAGACCAUGAAGGGGCUCCCUGCGCCCGCUGCAGGAAAGCACUGUAUCAGGCUCCAGGACUAAUGUGUGUGUGAUUUGACUUAAAUUAAGUUUUUCCUUUGAGAAUAUUUUCAUUUUCUUUAAAAGAAUAUAGUUUCCUCUAAAACUUGGCCCACCGUUGUUGUUCUUAGGAGAAUCAUAAACUCACAAAUGUCCAUUUG